UCUUUUUUCGAAAAGCUCGGCGAUGGCGGGCACAAACCCAGUGGCUGGCAAGGUUUGCGUGGUUACUGGAGGCGCCAGUGGCAUAGGAGCGGGCUUAUGUCAGCACUUCGCUGCGCUGGGUGCCAAGGUGGUGGUGGCGGAUCUCAACGAGGAAGCGGCGGCAAAGGUCGCGCAAGAGAUCAAUGGUGUGGCUGUGCGCUGCAAUGUGAUGCAGGAGAUGGAUGUUCGGCGGCUCAUUGCGGUGGCAGAGACCCUUGGACCCGUGGAAGUCUUUGCCGCCAACGCCGGCGUGCCGUCCAACGGCGGCUACGAGGUGCCCAACGAUGAGUGGGACAGGAUCUGGAAAGUGAACGUGAUGCAGCACGUUUACGUUGCUCGGCAUUUGUUUCCCCUUUGGCAGCAACGACCAGGCGAUAAGCACUUCAUCAUCACCGCUUCAGCGGCUGGCUUACUCACUCAGGUGGGAGGCCUUCCCUACAGCGUAUCGAAGCACGCAGCAGUUUCCAUUGCUGAAUGGUACCAGAUCACCUACCGGGAGUUUGGCAUCCAUGUCGCCUGCCUUUGUCCACAGGUAGUGGAAACUGGCAUGGUCUGGGUUGGAAAUGCUGGCGCAGGUGGAGAUGGAGUCUUGAAGCCUCAACAGGUGGCUGAGGAAGUGGUGAAAGCCAUGGGAGAGAAGAAGUUCUUAGUCCUUCCGCACCCGCAGGUGCUGAAGUACAUGAAGCAAAAGGCUUCAGACUACGACCGCUGGCUGAAAGGAAUGACCAGGCUCCACAAGAGCGUUGGCGAGUUGCAGAGCAGGAGCCCUCCGAUCACAGCAGCCAAACUCUGAUUUUGUUUUGAAUUGAUUGGCUCCAGGUACUGGAUCCCAUCCCAAUCAGAUGAUCUCC